AUGCCGCGUGCUCAGACAGAGAAUCAAAAUACGGAAGAUUCGGAGGAGAAGAUACUGAUUACGAAGAUCGAGAAAAUGAAAAAGGAGGUGGCGAAGGCGAAGCGCAAACUUGCGAAAAGUGAGAAGGCGAACGAGUAUCUGGAGGAUUUGCUCAGCGCGAACAGAAAGAAGGAGAGGGAGGCAAAGUGGAGCCGACUUCUGGAGAAGACGUUCGUCCGGAACAUGGAUUUUUCACACGAAGUCGAUAAAGAGUCCUGUGAAACCGCGGUUGAUUCGUCCAUAAAAGACUAUUUGAAUGCCCUCGAUGCAGAAAGAAGCGAACUGAUAAAGUUGCAAAACGCUCAGAAGACGACCUACGAUGGCAAAAGAGCCCUAGUGGAAGCGAGACGUCGUGCCAGAGAACAACUUCCGGCUCAACGCAACGUUCCACACUGCAGCCGCUGCGAAACCGAGUUCGACGAGUCUGCGGAGAGGACUCCACGUCUUCUGAAAUGCGGUCAUUCUCUGUGUCAGCAGUGCGUCACCGCGAUUCUCAAGAGAGGAGGAGUCAUUUGUCCGGCCGACAAAGAACGGACCAAAGUGAAGGCGGCGGGUCUUCUCAAGAACUUCGCCGUGUUCGAAAUCUAA